AUGAGUACUUCGAUUCUUUCCGGUCUCCUUGGCACCAAGGUCACCGUCGACUUAUGGCCCCUACCAAUUACUGGCCCUGCGUUUGAAACCUGGGAAAUUACCGAAAAAAUCGACGAAGAAAUGUGCGCUAUGCAUGAAAUCGAAUCGAAUAAUGGUACACGACCAGCCUACGUACUUGGCACGUUCCGGUGCCGGUCUACCGAUGACAAUGACGAUGGGAAGAAGCUUGGCAUCAUGAAAGUUUAUAAGCAGAUUCCAUUCGUUGGCACCGAGCUUUACGACUAUGAAUAUCGCAAGCAACAAGCCGUUGAGCCCUACGAACCAACAGAGCUGAUCGCCCUAAAGGCCUUAAAGCGCCGACGCUGCGUGGUUGUUCCGGAAUUACUUGGCUAUCGUCUUACUAAGCAAGAUGCCAUGGAGAUCGUGCCCAGAGGGUGCCUCAUGUACAUUGUGUGGAAGCAAGUCCCAGGGAAGCCCCUGACUCAAGAAGCCUUCUGGCAAGCUCCCCUCGCGGAGCGCAAUGAGAUUCGGUCCCGAUUUCGCCACACCUACCAGCAGCUUGUUGAGUAUGAGCCAAGUAUCGGUGAUAUUCGGAAGAUUAUCUAUGACUGGAUAACAGGAGAGAUGCAUAUCUGUGGGUUCUGGGAUGCCGAGUUACUAGACGGUUAUGCAAAAUGGGAUGACUACCUCUUUGUGCAGUUUGACCUUGUAUCGGGCAGCAAGUCAGAUGAACGGUACUUUAAUAUCACUGCCAUUGAUACUUAUCACGAUGAAAAGGGCUGGAGAUGGUAG